AUGCAAGCAGCUUCCAAGGCUGAUGAACUGACACCGUUAAUCGGUCGACCACGCACUGAUAUCUCGAGCUCUGCUGCACCGUUAUUGUCCCCGAAUUACGCGGCUUCUUCUCCAUCCACAUCAGUCUUUUCGCCCUUUAGACCUAAAGAAGAGCCUAAUGAGGAUCAAUUAGCAACAUCUCCACCUCGCUCAGACCAUUUGUUGGGUUUACUGACACAUCAAGAAGAUGAGCCUCAGAGUGAAGAGGAGGAAGCAAGUGAGAGUCAAUACGAGUAUUUUGCUUCGCCUGCUAAAGUACUUGGCUCCGCCUGUGUGAAAGGAGAUUUUUUUCAAGCACAAAGUGCCGUGGAAAUGGCUAUCAGUAAGGCACUUCAAGCUGCUGAGCGACAGGAACAGAUGCAGGAAGAAAACCAUACGGAUACACUUAUUGCAGACGCUACCCGACGACGAGUAGCUCAAAGUGUCUAUCGUCUUUUGACAGUAUAUGAAGCUCGUCAUCAGAUGAAUUCUUUGCAUCUCGCAGUGCUUUACGAACAUCCGACAUUAGUGGCGUAUCUCGUAUCUACAGCAAAAAAGUAUCUCCCGUGCGAACGAGAUACACUUUACAAGAAACAGCGAAAGAAUUCUGCACGGCGUGGUGUUGACUGUAUGUCGGAUAAAGAUGAAUUCGAUCUUGUAGACGAAGAGACAAAUAGCAACGCGAGCACGGAGACGCAGGAGCGUGAACACGACGAAGUAACGAAAGACACGUUGCAAGACUUUCUCAACAGUCGCUGUGGAGACUCAAAGCAUCGCGCGACAGCUUUAAUGUUGUGUACGUCAGUAGCCUGUGCAACCACAUUGAUCGAUGCUGGAGCAUCUUUAGACGCAACAAAUUCCUCAGGAAUGUCAGCGAUGCACUAUGCAGCAAGCACUGGUAACGCUGCGCUCGUAAGUCUUUUAGUGUCUCGUGGAGCAGAUGUGAAUCAGGCUGACAAUCGUGGGGCUACCCCAUUGCACUGGGCUGUGUUCGAGGGAUUUCAAUACACAGCAAUGUUACUUGUAGGCUACGGAGCAGAUCAGAAAGUAUGUGAUUCCGAGAACCAGACGCCGUUGAUGAUUGCAAGUGCGCUUGGAGACGCAUUUUUAACGAAACAACUGGUAGUAGAAGGAGCGCCAGUGAAAGCGAAGGAUAAACAUGGCCGAACUGCAAUGGAUAUAGCGCGACAAGGUGCACACUUCGAGACAGUAAGCGCCUUAAAAGCAGGUGCAUCAGAUCGUUUAGUGGCCUGGGCAUCGCGUAGAGGCGCAUCUGUGCUCUUCUUCUUUGUCAUGGUCAUAUCCAACGCGACGCUGUCGCUGAUAUUUGCAGUCCCGUGUCUACCGCCUCGAAAUCCAAUCCAGACUGUGCGGUAUCAGACAGUGGGGCUAGUUUUCUUGACUGUGACGUGUAUACUAUAUGUCUACGUGUGCAUGAAGGACCCAGGAUAUGUGCCACGCUCCACACGUCCUGCAUAUGAACUCUUAGCAAUGGAAGAGAUGACUGUACCUUGUCCAACGUGUGUGACGCGCAAGCCACAGCGUUCCAAGCACUGCUCGGCCUGUAGACGCUGUGUCUACCGGUUUGACCAUCAUUGUCCGUGGAUUAAUAACUGUGUUGGCAUCGGUAACCAUCGCAGUUUUCUCAUCUUUCUUGUGGCUCUUUCGAGCUUCUGUUUCGCUAUCGGAAUGAUCUCGCUGAACAUUUUAAUGGGCCACUUUCCUUUGCACCCACUUGCUUAUGAUACUCACGAUGAGCAGGGAACCGCAGCGCUGUGGCCGUGGCGAUGGUUGCGACCACCUGAUUGGGCGCUAUCAGGCGACCUCCAGGCAAAGUCAUCAACGUUGCUGCUUCACAGUCUUCAUGCUGUCUUGCUGCUUUGUGCUACCGUAUUUGGAUUACCAACGACUAUGUUGCUUAUCAUUCAGCUACGCAACGUAAGUCGCAACUUGACGACGAACGAAGUUUUUAACAAGGACAAAUACCCAUACUUGAAAACUCCCAUGGACGAGUUUCACAACCCGUUUGAUGGUGGUUGUCUGUACAAUUUUGCUGAAGUGUGUCGUGGUGAGAUUUCAACAAAUGAUGAAAAUGAGUUGAAUAACUCUGGAGUACAGGAGAACGAUAUUAGCGCACGAUAG